UUCUUUCUUUGUCGCAUAUCCAAUCGCAUUACCAUAAUCGCCAUACCAUCUAUCUAUCUACCUCCUAACCUUUCAAUUGACCGCGCCGGUCUGCGACAUAGCAACAAAAAAAUAAAAAAUAAAAAAUAAAAAGAAUAAUUACUAAUUGCUUCCUUUUCCCUCUUCUUGCAUCUAUCUCUCCGCCGUCACCAUCCAUCCUAUAAAGAAAUAGUCCGGACAAGACAGACACGAUGUCUCAUCCUCCCACGUCGCGGUCCAGAGCACCACCCGCCGGCAACGAGGAGGCUACUACCGUCCUCAGGCUGGGCGAGUUCCAGGACGUCGACACCCUGACGCUAUCCGAAGCAUCUCUCGUCAUCAACGCCCUGGUCGCCAAGCGACGCAACGACCGCAAGAAUGUCAACGAGACGGAGAUGUUGACAAAGACUAUCGAUUACCUGGAUACCUUCGCCCGCUUCAAGAAGAAGGAGAACGUCGAGGCCGUGGAGCGAUUGUUGAGCUCGCAUAAGGAGUUCCACAAGUUUGAGCGCGCGCAAUUAGGGUCGCUUUGCUGCGAGACGGCCGAGGAGGCCAAAUACUUAAUCCCCUCGAUCACCGAUAAGAUCUCCGACGAAGAGCUACAAGAGCUGCUCAACGAGAUCUACAAGCUGAUGCCGCGAUGAUACCGCUCCACAAACCCGUGAUGCUCUGGCACAGCAUCGUACCGUACCGUACCUCUUUCUUCUGUCUGUUCCUUAUAACCGAACAGAUCUACCGAAACCCGCAACAACCUCGACGCGAGGCAUAAUUCCAAGGCUGAGAAAGAAGCUGUGAUAAUGAUGGAUUCUAGAGCAACAACAAAGACCGAUCGAUUUCUUGUCAGUUGGGCGUUUUUUUUUUUUUUUU